UUCAUAAGCGAUACAUCAUGCUGAAAACCGAAAACCAAGAUAUCCCAUUCGGUGAAGCCGAUGCAGAACAUGAUGUGAUUACGACAAUUACCUUGAAUAGCUUUUGGUGAAACAUGGGUUUUAAGAGGACUCGCUAUUCGGGUUUAUCACAAGUCCUGACAUUGGAUGUCACUGGUCUACGAAUUUGUGAUGAUAGUGACAUGGCGGAGUUGGUCCGGAGGAAGGGAAAAAAUGCUCAACGCAGCGUUUGUGAGAACUUGCAUAUUUUACUAUAGGUAGAUAUUUAUUGGUGUAAACGCCUUCUCUUGGGUGAAGUAUAAGUACAUUGCCUUCCCUCCUCUAUCGGAAAACAUCUUCCACUGAAGUCCAUUGCUCUUAGUUAACUCUUGCACUACCACUCGCACUGAAUACCAAUAACCUUACAUAUAAUAUCCUAGCCUUAUCAAAUAUCAACAUGGGUUCAGUCGAAGCAAACGGUCACCAAAAGAUCCUCAUCAACGUCGGAGCCAAAAAUGCUUGUCUCUUUGAUACACUCACAAUUCAUAUCCUUCACUAACACAAUCACAGGUCCCCUUCUACACUCCCAUUCAAGACCCUCCUGCAGGAACCCCCUGGGAUGUCCAACCCGAAGGCAGCCUAUUCUCCCCCCUCAAAUUGCGAGGUCUAACGCUCCACAAUCGUAUCAUCGUGUCACCAAUGUGCCAAUACUCUGCUAAGGAUGGCUACAUGACCCCGUGGCACAAGCAGCACCUCGGAAGUUUCGCCGCACGUGGCCCUGGGCUCAUCAUCACAGAAGUAAAUGCGGUGUCACCAGAAGGACGAAUCAGCCCUCAAGAUGCCGGUAUCUGGCAAGAUGGACAAAUCGAACCUCUGAAGGAGAUUGUGGAUUUUGUCCACAGCCAGGGUGCAAGGAUUGCGAUUCAGAUGGGCCAUGCGGGAAGAAAAGCGAGUACUGUUGUGCCCUGGCUGGACCGCAAGAACACAGCUGUCAAAGAGGCUGGUGGCUGGCCGGACGAAGUGGUUGCACCAAGUGCAAUUCCCUACAGCCCAGACUCUCUCACUCCCAGGGAGAUGACAAGCGAUGACAUUGCCAAAUUCAAGCAAGAUUGGGUGGCUGCUGUGAAAAGAGCACUCAUGGCCGGCUUUGAUGCCAUCGAAAUCCACGCUGCCCAUGGUUAUCUCCUAAACGCAUUCCUCUCCCCAGCCUCAAACCAACGAACAGACCAGUACGGAGGAUCUUUCGAGAACCGUAUUCGUCUCCUUCUAGAGACUGUUCAAUCCACUCGCGAUAUCGUCCCCGAGGACUUUCCCCUUCUUGUCCGCGUGCCAGGAACAGAUUACCUCGAGUUCGAUUCGUCCUUACCACAGUGGCAUAUCGAAGAAGCCGCAAAGCUCGGUCAAAUCCUCGCCGCAAACGGCAUCGAUCUGAUUGACAUUUCAGGCGGUGGUUUGGAUAGUCGUCAGAAAAUCACUUCUGGCCCCGGAUAUCAAGUCCCGUAUGCUGCCGCCGUAAAGAAAGCUGUCAAGGACACCGGAGUUGCUGUGACUUCGGUUGGAAUGAUUACUUCUGGAAAGCAGGCCCAGGGCUAUCUGAGUGAUGACUCUGUAGAUGCUGUCUUGGUGGGACGGGGGUUCCUCAAGGACCCUAAUCUUGUCUGGCACUGGGCGGAUGAACUGGAUAUUGACAUCCACGUCGCUUCUCAAUAUGGCUGGGGUUUUGGAAUGACCCGUACUCACCGACACAGAAAGCAUUAAACAUAGAGAACACUAUGCAGCUCCCCCUUUUCCUCUUGUUCACAUAGACAACUUCAGCAUAGACAAUAAAUAGAAAUCAGUAUGAAUCAAACAAUUACUCAAAGAAAUGUCUUGUUUAUGCUCAACAUCCUUCUAUGGAUUUCAUAGACCUAAACAAUUCAUACAAUUCUCAUAACA